CGAAGCAGCUGUGGGAUAUUCAAAAGUUCGGUCUGGUUCGGUACGCUGGCCGCAGCUGUCGACGCUUGGUUGGCGGUCUCAGUUUUUCCUGCUUUUGUUCUCCUGGGGAAUUGACGCUAAAGAAUUGCCUGCGCACGAUGUCACACAAGAACAUAUACUACUCGGACAAGUAUUAUGAUGAAAAGUUUGAGUACAGGCAUGUAGUCCUACCAAAAGAAAUCGCCAAGCUCGUCCCCAAGGCGCAUCUGAUGACCGAAAGUGAAUGGCGAGGAAUUGGCGUGCAGCAGAGUCAAGGAUGGGUGCACUACAUGAUUCACGAGCCUGAGCCACACAUCCUGCUCUUUAGGAGGCCAAUCCAGGAAGCAAGUGCCCCUACCCAGGUGGAACAGAUCAAGAGUGACAUGUGAUUAGAUGAUGUCAAGUAUGGUGUCCUGUUGCUAUGCAGCGGUUGCCACCUUUGCCCUCGACUGUAUAUACUGUACAAAUCCAACGUGGAUGAAAAGAGGUCUGCGGCAGCUUGUUGAUUGGAACAGGCAGUGAUGGAGCACCUUUCUUCCUCGAAAGUUGUUUUCUGAACUUUAUUUUUUGUUUCCCAUCCUGGUGCAGUGUGCCCUUUCCUCGAGUCUUUUGCUGCCUAUGGACUCAUGGCUUCCAGUGUUUUGCCAGGCUUUUGAAGGAAGUUUUUUUUUUCCCCCAACAGUCUCCCUGCUCUUAACCUUCUCAUGUUCCUAUGUGUCACUCUUUGCUACAUUUUACAGUGUAGCUUUGUAGCAUUUUCUUUUCCCCACCUCUCCUCACAUGCCCCUAUUUUUCUCUUCUACAGGCUACAAUGCUGUAUGGAUGAGUGAGUGAAUAAAUAUAUUAUAUUGUUUGUCCGACUUUACGGCAGUGUUACUAUGCAAACAAUGUGCACUUUUCUGUCUGGCGCUGCCAAAGCACAAUAAUAAAUGGUGUAAUGAUGUGAA